AUGCCAUUCGGCCAGCUGGUCGUCGGUUCGCCAGGAGCAGGCAAGACGACGUACUGCGCGGGUGCAAAGGAUUUCCUGACUGCGCUCGGUCGCAAAGCUCACGUGGUCAAUCUGGAUCCUGCAAACGAUGGCGCCAGCGCCAGCAGGUCACCUUACACCGCAUCGCUCGACAUCAAUACCUUGAUCAGGGUGCAGGAUGUGAUGCAGGAGCUGCAUCUGGGUCCCAAUGGUGCGCUGCUGUACUGCAUCGAGUACCUCGAGCAGAACAUCCACUGGCUCUUGGAUGGCUUGCGCAGCUUGUUGCACCAUGAUCGCGACGCUUACCUCAUCUUUGACAUUCCCGGACAAGUGGAGCUGAGCACGAAUCAUGCGUCGCUCAGACGCAUCAUCCAGCAGGUGGAGAGCCAGGCGGGCUUUAGGCUGGUGGCCCUGCACCUCGUCGACGCUUCUCACAUUACCGACGUUUCGCGCUACAUUUCCCUCGUCCUGCUCAGCCUUCGCGCCAUGCUCGCUCUCGAGCUGCCUCACAUCAAUGUGCUAUCCAAGAUCGACUUGUUGGGCGAUGCGGUGGCUGGCGCGCACGUCGACGACGACGACGACGACGACGACGACGACGGAGGCGCACACGAUCUCUCAUCCUCCCCGACGCCGGGAGCACGCAACGACGGCAUGCUCUUCAACCUGUCGUACUACACCCACGCUCAAGACCUGUCCCGCUUGCUAGACGUAGAUGCAACGGGCACCUCACCACGCCACACUCGGCUCAAUGAGAGGAUCUGCGAACUGGUGGAAGACUUUGGGCUUGUGGGCUUCGAGACGCUGGCAGUGGAGGACAAGCGGAGCAUGCUGCGCCUCACUCGCAUUGUGGACAAGGCUGGCGGGUACGUCUUUGCGGGGCAUGGCGGCGGCGGCAGCAGCAGCGCGCCUCAAGAGACGGAGCAGGAGCGAUACGAACGAUUUCAGCCGGGCAGUCUAUACGCCACCACUGGCAUGGUGCCACCUCGAGCAGGAGCGGCGACAGCAGCUGCACUGUUUGGCACAGCGGCUGGUGAGGUCGAGGGAUGGGGCGAUGCUGGCGAUGUGCAGGAACGAUGGCUCGACAAUCGCGAUGCGUGGGAUGAGCACGAGGCGAGGGAAAGCAAAGCGCAGGCAGAUGAGGCGCUCGAGAGGAGAGUAUACGCGGCGGCGAACAAAGUCAUUCGAGAAGGCGUCACGGCACCAGAGUGA